CACCCUGCAUUAGUGCUUCUAGGUUUGCAAGCGGCAACAGAGACAGAGAGCGGCAAGAGCAGCGAAAAUGGUGAAGUUCUUGAAGACAAACAAGGCCGUCAUAAUCCUGCAAGGAAAAUAUGCAGGUCGCAAAGGAGUAAUCGUCAGGUCCUUCGACGAUGGUACACGUGAUCGCCCGUACGGCCACUGUUUGGUUGCAGGGAUUAAGAAGUACCCAAGCAAGGUUAUCAAGAAGGACUCAGCCAAAAAGACUGCCAAGAAAUCCCGGGUCAAGUGCUUCAUCAAGCUAGUGAACUACCAGCACCUGAUGCCCACACGUUACACGCUGGAUGUGGACUUGAAAGAUGUUGUGACCGCUGAUUGUUUGUCAACCAAGGAUAAGAAGAUUACUGCUUGCAAGGAGACAAAGGCUAGGUUCGAGGAGCGGUUUAAGACAGGCAAGAACAGGUGGUUUUUUACAAAGCUGAGGUUUUGAUUUAAAAAUGGUCUGUCAGUUGUUGAGCUUUUCCAAGCCUUUAUUAUUAUGAUGGAUUUUAGCAGUUUUGUUGAUUUUGGAUCUCUCUGGGUUUUUUUAUAAGCAAACUCAUUGCCUGGUUUAUUGUCUCUGUCGAUGCUUUUAAUCCUCAAUCUUUAAGAUUAGUUUGCGAGUUACAUUGCUGUUCUUGUAUUGUUGCUCAAGCUUGGUGUUUCUAGCAUUUAUCUAUUAAUAACCUUUUUCUUUUAAA